UAGAGAGAGAGAGAGAGAAAUGGAGGGAGAGCCGGGUCAGAGAGCGAGAGAGAGGAGAGAGAAAGAGAGAUUGGUAUAACCCCAAAUCGUGUAUGGUUAAAGGGCAAAAGGGGUUUAGGUUUCGAGGGCACCCGCCCCUCCUCUCUCAAAAAAGCUGCUUUUACCUGGUUCGAUUUGGUUGAGGAACCCUAACGGUGUCAGGCAAUUACUGCUAUUAAUUAUGCUGAGAAUAAUUUAUUUGAAUGUGGAUGGUUGAGCAAUGGAGGGUGAGGAGUGUAGGACUGUGAGGAUGGUUUUCAAGGGAUAAGUGUGCUGCCCAUGCCUUGUUUGUUGGCUCGAAUGAGAGAAGGUGAACUUUUACAGGCGUUAUGGCGGAACAGUCAUCUCGUCUUCAUCGCCUGCUUACUUUGCUGGACACUGGGUCAUCUCAAGCAACAAGAUUUGCUGCUGCGCGACAGAUUGGGGAUAUUGCAAGAUUACAUCCUCAAGACUUGAACUCUCUUUUAAAGAAGGUUUCUCAAUAUCUACGUAGUAAGAAUUGGGACACUAGGGUGGCUGCUGCUCAUGCUAUUGGGUCUAUUGCGGAGAAUGUCAAGCACACAUCUCUGAAAGAGUUAUUUACUAUGGUUGAAAUGGAGAUGUCAGAGGCCGGACUAUCUGAAAACAUGGAGAUGAUGGGAUUGUGGAAUUUCCAUCCAGAAACAAUAUCAGGGCUUUCUUUCAGCGGUUUUGAAAUAGGCAAGGUAUUGGAAUUUGGUGCUCCACUAUUGGCGUCAGGAGGGCAGGAGUAUGAUGCAGUAAAUGAUAACAAGAACCCAGCAGAGCGAUUGACACGCCAGAAACAGAAUCUUCGGCGUCGUUUAGGUUUGGAUGUAUGUGAGCAGUUUAUGGAUGUGAGUGAUGUGAUCAGGGAUGAGGAUCUGCUGGUUAAUAGAGUUCCUUCACAUGUUAAUGGGGUACAUCCUGGGUAUUAUACAUCUCAAUCUGGACAGCACAUCCACAAUUUGGUUGCUACUAUGGUUCCUGGUUUCAUUUCUAAAAGGUUGAGUGCAAGGGAGUUGAAUCUUUUGAAACGAAAGGCCAAAGUCAAUGUGAAAGACCAUGUGAAGGGUUGGGUUGAUGAUGAAGAUUCUGAGGUACCGCCAUCUCAAACUUCUCUGAUUCCGAAGUCCACAUCUUUAGACCCAUUACAGUGCAGUAAGAUAUCCAUGGAAGCUAUGAUGGAUGAUGAUUCUUUCAUACAAGAUGGCGUUGGCAGGUGGCCAUUUGGUCAUUUUGUUGAACAGCUUAUUCAUGAUGUCUUUGAUCCCAUAUGGGACGUACGCCAUGGAAGUAUAAUGGCUCUGAGAGAAAUUUUAACACAUCAAGCAGCAUCUGCUGGUGUGUUCAUGCCUGACUUGGCCUCAGAAGAUUCUUGGUAUUCUGAUUUUGGAAGUAAAAUAAAUAUGACGAGCACCAUGAAGAGGGACAGAGAGAUUGAUCUGAACAUCCAAUGCUCAGUAGAAGACUCUGAGCCAUGUUUGAAGAGACAGAAAUCAGAAGACGAGUCAGGGCAACUAUUAAAUGGAGAACCCUCUUGUUGCAGGGAGCUGAAUCCUGGUGUGGGUGUUAAAUAUGACAUUAAAUAUGAAGAUGCCUUGAGCCAUCCAAGUCAUGGAAUAGAAAACAAUGUACAAAACAUGGUGACUGUUAAGGUAGAGGCUGAGUCAAGUGUGGACGGUUCUUAUUUUCAGUGUCCCAAAGUAGAGGAAGAUGGAGAUGGAUCACAGAAUAAAGCUUUCUCUAAAGAUACACGUUCCUCUACACAACUAGACAUUGCAACAAAGCUACCUGAAAAUGAAAAAUUGUUGAAGUUGGUCAAUCUAGCAAAAAUUUCGUGGGCCAAAAAUUGGGAGUUUCUCCAAGAUUGCGCAAUUCGAUUUCUUUGCGUAUUGUCAUUAGAUCGUUUUGGAGAUUAUGUUUCUGAUCAGGUUGUUGCUCCAGUCCGUGAAACCUGUGCUCAAGCUCUCGGUGCUGUUCUUAAAUACAUGCAUCCUUCAUUAGUUCAUGGAACUUUGAAUGUCUUAUUACAGAUGCAGUAUCGCCAAGAAUGGGAAAUUCGUCAUGGCAGUCUCUUGGGAUUAAAGUAUUUGGUUGCGGUCAGACAGGAAAUGCUUCAAGACUUGCUUGUCUAUGUUCUUCCUGCAUGUAAAGCUGGACUAGGAGAUCCAGAUGAUGAUGUGAGAGCAGUUGCAGCUGAGGCCUUGAUACCUACGGCUCGUGCUAUAGUUUCACUUAAAGGACAAACAUUACACUCUAUUGUGAUGCUACUGUGGGAUAUAUUGCUUGACCUAGAUGACCUGAGUCCAUCCACUAGCAGUGUGAUGCACUUGCUGGCAGAGAUUUAUUCACAACCUGAGGUGGUUCCAGAAACUUUGGGUGUCGUAGAACAUCAAGGAUUCGAUCUGAAUGAAGUAGUCCCUACUGAUGAAAAUGGAGACAGUAUGAAACUUGAAGAGAAUACUCAUAUUUUAUCAACUCUAGCUCCACGCUUGUGGCCAUUCAUGAGACACAGUAUUACGUCAGUUCGGCAUGCUGCUAUCCGUACCCUGGAGCGGCUGCUUGAAGCAGGCUCUAGGAGGCAAUCUUCUGACGAAACAAGCACUAGUUCCUGGCCUGCCUCUAUAUUGGGUGAUACCCUUCGUAUUGUCUUUCAGAAUUUACUUCUGGAAUCCAAUGAGGAAAUUUUGCAGUGUUCAGUGACAGUUUGGAGGCUUCUGCUUCAGUGUCCAGUGGAGGAAUUGGGAGCUGCUGCAAAUUCAUAUUUUUCUUCAUGGCUACAACUUGCAACUACUCCCUUUGGUUCUGUCUUAGAUUCUACAAAGAUGUUCUGCCCAGCAUUUUUACCAAGAAAAAGCCAUUUCAGAGCAGCGGCAAAGAUGAGAGCAGUCAAAGGAGAGACUGGGUAUCAUGGAAAUUUUGGUUUGGAUCCUGCAAAGGAGAUCCACUCACAAGAACAGUUUUUAGAUGCGUCUACCAAUUCUACAAAGAUCGUUGUUGGAGCUGAUAGUGAGAAGUCAGUUACUCGUACACGAGUAGUUGCAUCCACAGCAUUGGGAGUGCUUGUAUCACAUUUAUCUGAAGCAUCACUGCCAUUUGUUGUUAAUUCAUUGUGGGAAAAUCUCUCUUCAUCAUCGGGAGUCCAGCGACAGGUGGCCUCUAUGGUUCUUGUUGCGUGGUUUAAGGAGCUCAAAUACCAGGACACCCCGAGCAUGCAUGCUAGUGUUAUUAGAAGUGUCACUCCACUUAGACAGCUGUUAAUAGAACUGUUGGCAUGCACAGAUCCUGCAAUGCCUACGAAAGAUUCGUUUCUUCCUUAUUCCGAACUCUCAAGGACAUACAUGAAGAUGCGCAAUGAAGCCAAUCUGUUAUUCCGUGCAGCUGAUUCAUCUGGUUUGUUUGAGAAUGUAUUGACAUCACUAAACUUUUCUGCUGAUACAGUAGGUGUUGAAGAUGCUAUCAGUUUCGGAUCAAAACUAUCACCCCGCAGCAACCACACAAUUGGAGAUGGAACUGUGGAUAAGCAGGUUCUUGAUGACAUAGAAUCAUGCAGACAACGACUUUUGUCAACCUCUGGCUAUUUAAAAUGUGUUCAGAGCAAUUUGCAUAUUACGGUCUCAUCUUUAUUAGCUUCUGCGGUGACCUGGAUGUCAGAGCUUCCUGCACGACUUAAUCCAAUCAUUCUGCCCUUAAUGGCUGCCGUCAAACGAGAACAGGAGGAAGUGUUGCAACAGAAGGCAGCAGAAGCACUUGCAGAGCUUAUUUCAUUUUGCAUAGUACGCAAACCAGGCCCAAAUGACAAGUUAAUUAAGAACCUCUGCACCUUAACAUGCUUAGAUCCUUGUGAGACGCCACAAGCUGCGCUGUUAAAUUCUAUGGAGACCAUUGAUGAUCAAGAUUUGUUGUCUUUUGGGAAAGGCACAAGUACUCAAAAGUCCAAGGUCCAGAUGCUAUCUUCUGGUGAAGAAAGGUCAAGGGCUGAGGGUUUUAUCAGCAGGCGUGGAGCAGAAAUUGCACUGAAGUGUCUAUGUGAGAGAUUUGGAGCUUCAUUAUUUGAUCAACUUCCUAAAUUGUGGGAGUGCCUCACUGAGGUGCUCAAGCCCAGCAUUCCUGAUGGUUCACAGUCUUCAGCAAAUUUACAGAAUGCGCAACAUGGGGAUCUUGUUGAUGACCCACAGGCUUUGAUAAACAAUCUUCAGGUUGUGUGCUCUAUUGCACCUUUAUUGGAUGAGACAUUGAAAACCAAGUUGGUCACGCUUUUUCCAUGCAUCUUUGACUGCAUACGCCAUAAACACAUUGCAGUCAGAUUAGCUGCAUCAAGGUGUAUAACCGCUAUGGCAAAGACAAUGACUACUAGUGUAAUGGGAGCUGUUAUGGAGAGUGCUCUUCCACUGUUGAGGGAUUCAGUAUCUGUUCAUGCUAGACAAGGUGCUGGCAUGCUUGUGAGUCUACUCGUACAGGGAUUAGGUGCGGAACUUGUGCCCUAUGCACCUUUGCUUGUCGUGAAUCUUCUAGGAUGUAUGAGCGAUAGUGAUCGUGCAGUCAGACAAAGUGUUACACACAGUUUCGCUGCACUUGUACCUCUUCUGCCGUUGGCCAGAGGCCUUCGUCCACCUGUGGGAGUCAGUGAAAGCUUAUCAAGAACUACAGAAGAUGCACAUUUUCUGGAGCAGCUCCUAGAUAACUCUCAUGUCGAUGAUUACAAACUUUCAUUCGAAUUGAAAGUGACAUUAAGGAGGUAUCAACAGGAAGGCAUAAACUGGCUCUCCUUCCUGAGACGAUUCAAACUUCAUGGAAUUUUGUGUGAUGACAUGGGUCUUGGAAAAACACUUCAGGCUUCUGCAAUUGUGGCAUCUGAUACUGUAGAACAGCUUGCUUCGAAUAAUGACAAGGAUAAUUUACUAUCACUAAUUAUUUGCCCAUCUACCUUAGUGGGGCACUGGGCAUUUGAAAUAGAAAAAUUUAUUGACUCUUCCAUAAUAAAUCCUCUCCAGUAUGUUGGUUCUGCUCAAGACCGUGUUGCACUUCGUAGUCAAUUUGGAAAGUAUAAUGUUAUUAUUACAUCAUAUGAUGUCAUUCGUAAAGAUAUUGAUCAUCUGGGACAGCUUGUAUGGAACUAUUGCAUUUUAGAUGAGGGACAUGUCAUCAAGAAUUCAAAAUCGAAAAUCACAUGUGCGGUGAAGCAGUUGAAAGCUGAACAUCGCCUCAUACUUAGUGGAACACCGAUUCAGAACAAUGUCUUGGAGCUGUGGUCCCUUUUCGACUUCUUGAUGCCAGGAUUUCUUGGGACGGAGAGACAGUUUCAAGCCACUUACGGAAAGCCGUUGCUCGCAGCAAAAGAUUCGAAAUGUUCUGCCAAGGAUGCUGAAGCAGGUGCUCUUGCUAUGGAAGCAUUGCACAAACAGGUUAUGCCAUUCCUUCUUCGUCGAACGAAAGAUGAAGUUUUGUCCGAUUUACCUGAGAAAAUAAUUCAGGACCGAUAUUGUGACCUGAGCCCCAUUCAACUGAGACUAUAUGAACAGUUCUCUACUUCGAAUGCAAGAAAGGAAAUCUCGUCAUUGAUGGAAGCGAAUGAGCAACCAAGUGCUCCUGUAUCUGCCAACCCUUCUUCCAAAGCAUCAUCUCAUGUUUUUCAGGCACUUCAGUACUUGUUGAAGCUUUGUAGCCAUCCGUUGCUUGUUCUAGGGGAAAAGCCUUCAGAUUCCCUUCUUCACAUGGUAUCAGAAGUCAUCUCUGGUGGUGGUGACAUUACAUCAAAUCUACAUGAUCUCCAACAUUCUCCAAAAUUGGUUGCUCUAAAAGAAAUACUUGAAGAAUGUGGAAUUGGGAUGGAAACAUCAGGUUCAGAGGGGGCUGUGAUUGGUGGUGGUCAGCACCGAGUUUUGAUAUUUGCUCAGCAUAAGUCAUUAUUGGACAUUAUUGAAAGAGAUUUGUUCCAUACCCAUAUGAAGAGUGUCACAUAUUUGAGAUUGGAUGGCUCUGUUGAGCCAGAAAGACGUUUUGAAAUCGUGAAAGCCUUCAAUUCGGACCCUACAAUUGAUGUCCUCUUGCUCACAACACAUGUUGGUGGGCUUGGUUUGAAUCUCACAUCAGCUGACACUCUGGUUUUUAUGGAGCAUGAUUGGAAUCCUAUGAGGGAUCACCAGGCUAUGGAUAGAGCUCAUAGGCUGGGCCAACGCAAAGUUGUAAAUGUCCAUCGCCUUAUCAUGCGCGGUACCCUUGAAGAGAAAGUCAUGAGUCUUCAGAAGUUCAAAGUCUCGGUUGCAAAUGCUGUUAUCAAUGCAGAGAAUGCCAGUUUGAAGACAAUGGAUACUUCCCAGUUGCUUGAUCUGUUUACAACCUCACAGCCUAGUCGCCAGCAGGGUGCUGUCUCUUCCAAGAGUUCAAAUGGCGAAAAUGCGGAUACAAAAUCUAUUGGAGGAGGGAGGGGGAUAAAGUCCAUCUUAAGUGGACUAGGAGAGCUUUGGGAUGAGUCUCAAUACUCAGAUGAGUACAACGUCAGCCAGUUUUUAGCCAGGCUGAACAGCUGAGUGGAAGCAUCAGCAAAGUGUACAAAAAAAUGUUAGAUUGGUUGGUUGGUAAGAGUUCUCCGACCGCAAGAUUUUGUUUCUUAGUUUUGAUUCUUUUCUCUUGUAUACAUGCCUUUUGCAAUUAUCGGAGAGCGCCAAGGCUUCGGGUCGUCGAAGCCAGGGCUUUUGUACCAUGGUACAAUUUGAGAAAGGAAAGGGAAAAAUGUAAAUUUGUUAUUUCGUGUUA